AUGGCAGUUCCUAUCUUUACAACAGGAAGUGUAUACGUGGAUACAUAUUUUUCAACGGUAAGGGAUCUUGGCUGUGUUGUUCUAAGGGAGUACGUGACCAUGACAACUAACAUGGUCAGCUUGCUGUUGACACGAGAGCUAAUCUGGCUUCUUAUACGCAUCUCCGCAAUGAAAUUCUAUCCUUUAAGCCCUAAGAGUGAUCAACAAUCAAUUCUCCUUGUAUUAUCAAUGCUUCGUAAAACAUAGUGGUCACGAGAAUAACGAUCAUGAUAAACUCAAGAUGAAUAUGUUACUGCUGGCCCGGUAAUGAGCUUCGCUAGGUUCUGUGUUGCAGUCAACCCUCUCUACGACGGACGCCUUAUAGACCGUCCCUGUCUGACCGUCCUAGAGAGGUGUCCUCCUCAUGGAGAGUCGAGAAAACGCGACACCAGUUAUUUCAAAGCUGAACCUACUCGCUGUGAAUACACGUGUGUUUAACUUAUACAAAGCAACUAAAACUGGUAACAUUGUGAAGAGAAGUAGAAUUAUUUUCUUUCUGUGCAAUCAAACGUUCACGGCUACGUGGACCAAAAGCGUAAUAGUAUACACCCUGACAACUGGAGAAAUUUUUAACAUUAUGCAAUCUACUGUUUGAGCCAGUAGUUUUCACUUCCCAAUCGUCCCUUCACUGUUCAAAAGUGUCCGUUAUCCGUCUUAUUGAGAGUAUAUUUACAGUAAAAUGACUGAAAGACGGCCUGGGACUAGGUGUCCGUCUUAUAGAGGUGUCUGUCAAUGGAGAGUUGACUGUACACUUUUUUUUAGCAAGGGUGAAAUUUGGGAUGACCAAAUUACUAAGAAUAGGACUAGAGAGGGUAUAGUGAAAGGCCUUUGAAUAGAGGCCAUUAAAUAAACCUUUAAUAUCAACAUGAAAGUUCUGAUUUGAAGCUCUAUAAUUUUUCUAUUUAAGUAGUGGGAAAGAAGUUGUGCAAGUAUCAAUCAAAUUAAUCUUUAGCGGAUCAUGUUUUAAGAUCUUGAUACCACUUAGUUUUAUAAAGGAAUUGAUAUACGAGGGAAAACUUGAUCCUUCUUAGCCGUUUAAAGUAAACCAGGAUGUGAUAUAUACAGGCGAACAUAUGCACAGUUUCUAUGUCAUGCGUAAAUCUGAGUUAUUAAUCAAUUCUAGGAUAGCGGCCAUUUUAUACUACAUUUCAUGUUCCCAGCAGCAUCAUACCCCAUCAUAUUUUUUGCCAUCUUAGCCCCAACUACGAAUAUGAUUUUCGGAAAGCACCGUCGCUUUAUGUGAGCCGCGUUUUCGAGGUAAAACUAAGGCAUAUUUUUCAUCGUACUCAUACUAAUAGUUUUUCGAGUAAUUAAGUAAGAUAGUUUUAUUAAUGUGUUCAAAUACGCUUAGCUCAUUACAGUAUUGCAAGUAUGCGUUUGCUAUUUUGCAGCCAUUGCCACAAAUAAUAAAAUAGUGAAAAGAGGAAAUAAAACACUAAGAUACAAUAUAAAAUAUCUAUCUAUGAGAUAAAAUCUGUGAAUAUGUCAGUAAUAAAAGUGCAGUUCAAUAAAUGUACAUAAAUGUACAGUUCAGUUUUAAUUAUAAUAAAACUAUUUGCAGAUCAAUAUAACUAUGUGACGUCAAUUUCUUUCAAGGGUCUUUUAAAGCUACUUACUAGUUUAGUCUCGUGUUUUAACGCUUCCAUUAAUACAUUCCAUAUCUUCGGGGCCAGGUAUCGCCAAGAUCUCAAACCUUGCUUUGUGGAGUUGUCGUUGGGUUAGAAUAUCUUUACCACGAAGAUUAUAGGUUGUUGAUCUUCACAGUAGUAAGUGUGAGAGAUUUGGUGUAAACAGAUCGUUUGUUGCCUUCACAGGAGUUUGACAGCAACCCUGUAGUUCAUGUCACUGCUGUGCACGAAAAUCGCCGUAACAAACACGAUGCGACCAGUGUAUGGGUAGAGGACAUUUCGACAAAAAAGUUCAAGACUUGUUUCAGAGAGAUAAAAAACUUCAAUGGAAUUCAUAGGAACUUAUUCGUGGUAAGUAAUCAUAUCAUUGAAAGUGUGUCCAGUCUAUAAAUUUUGAUUUGUAAAUCAGCCGCUUCCAGCUAAAAAUGGUACGUGCUAUAAGUAUUUCAAAUGCAUACCACCACGAUUACCAGCGCAGCAAGAUAAGCGCUAAUGCAAGUCUACGUAUCUUUUAGGACAGCAGUGAAAGUUUGUUAACUUAACGCGUGCUUGAAUGCCAUUAGCGAGUACCCAAAAUGCGCAGAUUUGGUGGUCUUUUACUAGAAUCGAACCACAGGGGGUCUUUUCCGAGCAGAGGACUCGAAAGUAUGCUUCUUGAAAGACUAUUUAAUGUAUGCAAUUUAUAAGUUACGAGAUUUAUAGUUCCAUUUGUUACUAAAUUUUUUUGUAAUCUUUGAGUAGCGUAGUAAAAUACAGCGAACGUAGAGCGUAGACCAUUGGUCAAGCGAUCGCCUACAACAGUUUGAGAACAAUGCAAAUGCCUUUGUAUAUUUGCGCGGUACUAGCGAACUUCGGUGGUGAGAAGAGCGAACAAGAUGUUUUAUAAAUUUUAUAAAUUAUUUUAGUCUAAUACUUUCCCUUUCUGAUUUAAAUGAGGCCUGCGCAUGUGAGUUCGACAGUCAAACUCCCUUGUUCGACCACCUCUAUCUCGUCAGCAACUACCUUUCUCCCUUAUAAUCGACCAUCUUUCUCCUGGAAGCGGCUCCACCAAUCCAAAACACCAAAACUCCCCAAAGCCCUAUAGCUGAAAUCUCUCAAAAAACGCCCACCUUCGUAAAAUACCAGGAGAUAUUUUUUGGGCAAAGGCUUCAUAAGAUUGUCAUUAUUUUGUUUUUAACUUCUCUUGUGACCGAAAUAUAAAAAGCUUGAUGGUCUGAUCUCUUUGUUCGGCGCUUUAUGUACUAGUGUACUCCGAGACUAAGAAGAACUCUAAGUGAGAUCAUGGAACAACAUAAAACUUUACUUAGAUGAUUUUAUGCAACUAAUUCUCCUCGAAACAUUAGAUGUGUUUUUACCUCUUCUCAAAAUAAAUCCCUCUCGUACGAGACGAUUUGUAGUGAGAGAUCUCUAACCGUUCGCUUUUUGGGUCGUGGUAGCUUAUUGAAGGUUCUUCUACAUAGCUCUUACAUGAAACCCAGUUUCUUUUUUCGCGUCUGCAGAUUAAUGCAUUCUCAACUACGUACUUUGCUUUAAAAUUACGAUUCAUUAGAUAAUUUUAAAGCAAUGAAAGAAUGUGUUGAAUUUCCUGGCCAUUUGAAAAUUUCAUUUAAUUUUUUCUUUAAAGGACUGGAUUGCAAUGAAAACUCUUUCGUCUACUUGGACCAACGAGGCGCCAGAAAGCAAAGCUUUGUUCAUGCCAAACACGGGCUCACCUCCUGCAAAGUUUAACUACGGAUUCUGCCAGGUAUUUUAAAAAUCAUAAAAUGAUAACGAUGAUGAUGAUAAUGAUAGUGAUGAUGAGGACGAUAAUAAUGAUGACGGUGACGAUAAUGAUAAUAAUAACGAUGAUAAUGAUGAGGAUGAUGAGGAUGAUGAUGACAUUGAUGACGAUGAUGAUGAUAACCAUAAUGAUGAUUAUAAUGAUGAUGACGACGAAACUGAUAAUGAUGUUGUUUAGCAUGUAUUAGCUAUUUUGAAAAUGAAAUCUUUUUAGUUCGAAAUAGCGAAAGAAUAACAUACUUAAUAUGUUUAUAUCCAACUAACUUGCGCUUUCUUUUAUAGAACGUCUCCUUUGAUGAACCUUUCUAUAAACCUCCUUGUGUUAUCACCACAGCAUCACAUCAAUAUAAUCCGCUAGAUUUACUGUCCAUUCCACCAUCUGAGAAUAUCAUUACGGAAUGGACCGAGGUAAGUGGGUGCAACGUGCAGGAAAGAGCUUUGUUAAAUAGAGUCAAAAUUUUAAUGCUGUAAUUUCGCUUCAACCUCACACCUCAGACCAGGCCUCGGUUGUUAAAACGUCCACGGGAUAAAAUCACUAUCCAGCGGACAGCCUAAUUGAUUUUCCUAAAUAGCUAUUCGCUGGAUAGUGAUUAAUCCGGUGGAUAACGCUAUCCAACGUUUAAAAACAGGAGCCAGAUCUGUAGCCCCUAACGUCAAUGGUCGAAACGCUCGUGUUCCAAUCAUUUCACGACUUCUGAAGUUCUAGGCUAGCUAUGUCACACACUACCUGAUAGCCGCUCGUAACAACAUGAAAAACCAUUUGGCGUAGCAUGGACAGCAACAGCCCGUAACUAGAACAAGUCGUUCACAUACAUCAAACAUCGAGCCGGAGCGGGUGGCCGAAAGGGUUUGGUACACUAAAUGCCAUUCCUCACUCCUCAACAUUUACUUCCUUGUCAGUGGGUUCCAGCUCCUCGCUCCUACAAUUCACUUCUGCUUCGGUCCGAAUACCUGUUCAUAUUGCACUAAAAUGUGGCACAGAUCCUAUCUGAUACGGUAAACACCCACAUGUUAGAACACAUGCGAUUUCGGGGUUUAGGCUAAUCUAGUUCUUAUUUAUCGGGUGCUUAGUGAGAAAUCAGCCUGAAUAUGUUCUUAAUAUGUUCUUAAACUUUGUUUCAGAAAUACUACACACAACGUGUUACCAAGAGGUUUAGAUAGCACAUUUUAUUAUAAAUAAAUAAGUAAGUAAAUAAACAAAUCAGUAAAUCAAUAAAUAAAAUAGAAGUCUGUCAAAUAGUAAACCUUUUAAUAUUAACAAGUAGAAAUGUAACAUUAAUUUCAACACCCAGGCAACUGUUAUAGUCUUUUAAUUGUCUAGCAGCAACUAUAGCUACAUUAAUUGCUUUAUUUUUUCUUAUUUCAACAACCUCUCCCUUAUUAUAUAAGAACCGUCUUUUUUUUUUUACUCAUCAGGCUGAACUGGUUCUUAUAUAUGAGCUGCUUUUUGGGCAAAAUUUCAGCAGGAUGUUCUUAAUCCAUUUGUUCUUAUAUGGGGGUGUUUACUGUAUGUGACGUUCCAUUUUCGAGAGCAUCGGCGCCGCGCAGCUUCGGUCCGUCGAGAAAUCACACCGAAAUCACCGUUCUUAUGUGUGAACAGAAUCUCUAUCCAGUUGUUUCGUCAUUUUUUUCCUAUCAUGCGCAACAGCUAUCCAGUGUAGUGUGAACAUAGCCCUCGUGAUCAAACUCUCCUCAGAAAAUUUUCAAACGUCUGAUGUUAGAUCUAACGUUCAGCCUGUCCCUAGAAUCAUUGCUGGUCAGGUCUGAAUACAUCUCAUCAGCUUGACUACCCAUCUACAAAUCAUGGUGACUUGGCUAUGCUAUUUGGUUGCCACGCAAUGGGUCUUUCGCCCCACUUAACACUCAUUACUAUUUACACCCAUUGCUAUUUUAGGGUGUGAGCGUAAACGGGUUCUCUAUUUGUGUGAAAGAUAUCCAGGCCUUGGAAGAUACACAUGCUCCUGUGACCAUUCAGUUCAUUGCCCUAGGACGUGAGUACCUUUAGAUGCAGUUCCCAGCCAAAGUACAGACAUUUCGCACUCUUAUAUUUGAAUUAACAGCAGAUUAUUUAAAAGAUUUAAUAGAGAAAAUCAUAACGAUAGAGAAGAUUGCUUAUAAAUCAUUGACCAGAAUCUUGUUAUUGAGACGGAAUUCUGAAGAUAUUUUAUUGUAUUUGACUUGACAAAUGAAUCCGGAAUUCUGGGAUUUGGAAUCCGGAAUGCAACUCAAGGAAUACAGAAUCCAAGUUGCACUGAUAAAGAAUCUGAGAUCCAGUACCUGAAAUCCGAAAUCCAUCGCCUGGAAUCCCGAAUCCAAGACUGUCCUGGAUUCCCUUAACUGAGGCGAAACGACAGUUCUGAAAUAAAAAGGAGCGAUAAGUGUGAUUUGUUUUUGUCAAUCUAAGUUACAAAACUUGGUCCGGUAAGUCUGUGAUUCAUUCAAAUCUUAUUUUGCUUUCCUGGCAGAGCUUCAUCCUUGUGCUAAGAUUACUUGUCCUUUCUAUGCUUCGUGUAAUGCAAAGAAUGCCAAUGAGUACGAAUGCAUUUGUAACUUCACUUGCCCUUCGUUCGAAGAUUUCAUAUGCUCAGCUCAAGGUAUCACGUAUAACAACGAGUGCGAGUACAAGAGGGCUAUCUGUAUGAAUAAAAAGCACGUCGGCCUUGCUCAUCCGGGGAGCUGUAAACGUAAGUACAUAUAUCUCAUUGGACGAGUCACGCUGUAUUUUGACGAGCCCGUAGGGGGAGUCAAAACACGUGACACGAGUAAAAAAUAUCCCAUGAUACUACACACUAAACCGUCUAAUAAUAGAUUUAUUAUUCAACUCGAGGGGCACUAAAUAGAAUGCAGUAAAUGUGCACGCCUGACGUCUUUUAAUGAGAACGCGUGACAGACUGACGUGACUGCAGUGUAAGUCCAGUUUUUAUGCGCCUUAUACCAGACGUUGUUGCUGAUUGGUCAGAAAUGAAAACUUGCACUCUACUGAGUGAAGGUGAUUACUAAAUUAAUGUAUCAAGUAAUUUCCACUCAGAGAUGUUUAGAGAGAGAGAGAGAGAGAGAGAGAGAGGGUUAUUCAAUUAAGAGGCAGAUCAUAGGCCUAGCUCAUUGCUCUAUAACGAUCUGCGGCAGUCUGGGACACUAUCAGUCGCUGUUCGUGUUCUUACAAUCCAAGACAUCACAUCAAAGAGAAAUAUUCCCAUUUAACUUAGAAACGCAGACGAAGCCAGCUUUUUAGUGGAAUUUGGUGGAGAAGUGGCACUUAGCAUUUGGCUUUGAUUCGGCACGGUGCAGUCCUCGAUCUAGCCUGUGCCAGGCUUUAAUUCAGGUAUUAAGGACGUCGAGGAAAUAAAACAAGCCGAGCAAAUAUAAGACAUGCCCGAUCUGGAGAAAGGAGCGGUGGCAGUAAAAGAUGAGAGAGAGAGCCUCCGCGACUGCUCGCCUACACAUUACCAUCUAAGGGCCUGAAAAGAAAAGAAAAGGCUAUCGAUGAUCUAGCCCGCGUAGCAGGCGUCGAAAGGGCCGGGUUAGGGGAUUGGGAGGAAGGGAAAAAAAAAGGGGGUGGGGGGGUAUUGUGCAGAGAGGGUAAGAGACUCCCUUCCCUUUUCCCUCCAAUUGGCGCUUUUCGCCCGUUCCCCUCCCCUUUUUGCGCCUGCCACUCAUGCAGUAUCGACGAUCGUGUUUCAUGUCAUCCGGACGUUAGCUAGUCAGUUAGUAAGUUGGUAAGUUAGCCCUAAAGUUCUCCAAAUUGCAUGAGAAUAACGAUGGAAUUUGUUUUUCUUUCAGCUUUUGUUUCCCAGCGUGGAUUUGCUGCCUUGGAUAUGUCCUCCGACGAGUUGAAAUGCAGUGAUAUAUCUUACAACUCCAGUGAAUUUUACUCUGUUCAACCUGUUCACGUUUUUUUGUCUAUAAACCACGGAGGACAAACCAAUGGCUUGGUCCACGAUGUACGAAUGAAAUACAUAACGAAAUUACAGUGAAAUUUCUGUCAAGAAAUUAAAACACCUUGUAGGCUCGAUUACCAGCCGCUGUUUGGGAAAUGAGCCCUUGAGCUUGAGAUUUGUGUGGUCUUCAGAUUUUCUCGAUUUGUGGCACUCCUUUUUCUCUACGAAUUUCUGUGCAGUAACUAAUUUUUAAACAAAUGCAACUCCACCGAUUAUUUUAUUCUCUCAACUUUCUCUCUCCUGGUUUUAAGGCUGUGAACACUUGGGUAGAGGACGUCGGUGAAGGAAAGUUAACAGCGUGCGCAAUGAAAUCAGGACGCCUUGAACACGAUGGACCCGUCCCUUCUGAUUAUGGCUUAGCCAGUGUGGACUGGGUCGCAUUCCAAGGUGCACCCCGCGGAGGCAUGGUGGGUACAGAACCAAUAGAUGACUGGUGGGAAGGAACAACUUGCAAACUUGUCAUGCUCCCCCCGGUGAGACGUUUAGUAUGGUUUUAACCCUUUAAACCCCAAUGGUGAACAACAUCAAUUUUCUCCCAACAACAUACACACCUUGUCACGCGAUAAGGUUAUGAGAAUUAAUGAAAUUAUCACUAAGGGGAAAAUGCUUUGAUCUAUUUUUUCAAAUUCUCUCAACUACUUCUUUAAAGAAAUGUAUAGAGAUCAGUUUAGAGAAUUGGUAUGUUGAUAUUGGGGCUUAAAUGGUUAAUAAAGUGGUUAUUGUGGAACCCGGUUAAAACGGACACUAAUCAAUAGGCAGGCGCAAACAAAGAUAAGAGAGAAAGAAAUAAUUGAAAGAGAAGCAACAGUUAAUGACCCCGACAAACAAACUAUUAGUCAAUCACUGCUCAGGUUUUCAUUCGAAAUGGAUUUGCACGAAGGAACUAGAGACUACGUUCUAGACGAAACGUAUCCUAGCAAAUAUAUAUCGACAUUUCAUUACGCCUGUUUUAUUCUAGGGCCGUUUUUCAGCGAUUCCGUCAGUGCUGCUUACAGCCAAGCAUGUCGCCCUUAAGCGUAAAAAAGACGCGGCAACUCUUUUUACGGAGGACAUCACUAGAACGUCGUUUCAGAUAUGCAUCCGGGAACUGCAGAAUUUUGACGGAUUUCAUAGAAAUAUCAGUGUGGUAAGAACAACUCCUUUGAAUUUCAUGAUGAUUAGUAGUAGAAAGCGCGAGUGAUUUGUUUUCUCGUCUGUUUUUGAAUUGUAGAGUUGGAUGGCUUACGAAUAUCUUCCCCGACAGACGUUCGCCGAAUAUGAUAACAUUUAUUUUGCGAAUGGAAAAUCCCUCAAGAACUCCGAUAACCACGCGUUUUGUAAGGUACGACAGAGAAUACAAUAAGGCGUUUGUAUCUAUUUGUGAUUGAUCAAUAGAAUAAUGAAUUGCUUAACUCUUAACUUAUUUUAAUGUAAAGCGAAAAAAAAGAGAAGGGGAAGUCUGUGGGGACUUAUUGUUAUCAACUCCAAACGAGAAGCUGCUAUUUUCUUCCUUAAAAACACCCUGAUGUUGAUGGUUACUAUAGUUUCGAGAUAUGAUGUCACCAAUAGAAUGACCUAGCUCAUUCUCUUGACGUCACAAGUUCCAUGGCGAAAUAUUUAGGAAUUGCUACCGAAAGUCGCAAAAUGUUUAAUAACAUGAUAUUUUUCAGUUCUAAACCAUCUAAUGAGGUCAAGGGAGAGAUGAGGUAUAUUUGACGUUUAAUUCGUAAAGGCUUCAAGAUCAAAGAAGUGUAUUUUGAAACACUUCAUUUUAUAUUACAUUAGUGUUUGAAAAAGUCUAUAUUCUGUCACACAGGAGGUUACAUUCAAGGUGAAUUACAUGAAGAAACCAGCAGUAAUGAUCAGUGCUACACAUAACUCAUCCUCUGGAUUGCUUCCCGAUUUCAACGGUAUUACGUCAUGGAUAGAAGUAUGAAGAUCAAUGGCCCUUACGCAUGAUUACCUCAGAAGAGCAAAUUUCCUCACCAAGUCGAUCUCUUUUGAAGAUGGUGCAUUUAAUUCUUUGCAAUUGCACUGUCUGGCGUGGUUUAUUCUUGGGAAUAAAUUUGCAUGAUAAAACUUUGCUGAUUUUUAAUUUCAAAACGAGGCUUGAUGAAAUUUGCUCAUGUUACGUCAACAUGCAUAAGGAAUAUUAGUAUAUUGAUCAUGCAUGAUUAUUUUUUUUUAGGAGAGAGAGCCUUGGCACUACGUUGAAUAAUCAGUCAUGCAAUAACACGCGAUAUAGGAAAAAGCCUGAGUUCCAAUAAUGACCGAGCGCGCAGCGCGAGGUUAUAAUUUUUAAGAAAGCUGAGGAUCGAGCGAGGGCAUUAUUCAAUUUAAUGCAUCUUCUAUUGUUUUAUAAUUAGAACCAGCAGGUCGUCAUCGCGACCAAUGAAGUGGAACAGUACAGGUUAUUAUUCCUAAUAAUGACCUCUGUUGCAUCUCAGUGACCUGCUCUUAGCUUCUAUUUGUUGAAAAUAAUAACCUGACGUGUUCAAAACAAUGGAAAGGUGCAUUACAAAGCUGUAUUAUAAAGUUUAUAUAGUCAAACCUGGUUAAUACAGACACUGAAUGGGCCGUAUUGACGGGUGUCCGUAUUAAGCGGGUUGAUUUAGAGAAAAUGUAAGGGCUUUCUUUUCCCAGGGAUAAAGCAAAUCGUACGUAAUAAUGAGGUGUCCGUAUUAAGUGAGUGUCCGUAAAGCGGGGUUUGACUGAAUUAUUAUUAUUAUUAUCAUUAAUAUUAUUGUUAUUAUUAUUAACAAUUUCAUUUUUUUUACUAUUAUUAUUAUUCGAAUGUUUUGUUUUUCUCGUGGCAAAUAUGUCGCAAAGAGGUUAAAAGUGAGAAAUAUUUUAAUACUGGGGUAAAGAUGGUAAAUGCCACAUUUGCGUACAAGCUAACACGGGAUUGUAAAUAACAAGGCAAAUGGGCAUUAGCUAUCUUUGCCCCAAAUUUACUCUCCAGUUUUUACAUUUUUGAGACAUAUUUAGUGCGAUGAGCAAAUUUUUACAAAUCCAUUUUCGUUCCAAUACAGGAGCCGAUUAUAUACUAACAAUAUCAAUCCAAUAACAUCAAUUGGUAAAAUCCAACUAGUGGUCUAUUAUCAAUGCUGGGUUCUGAUUGGUUGAGCUACUACUAGGCUGUAUGCUAUAGCCCAUUAGUAACGAAAAGCCCCGGCAGUUUGGUGCGCAAAAAAUGAUUAAAGUGUAGCUUUAGUUAGCUUAAGUUGUUGUGUCUCGAUAUUUUUGACCAACUAGUUGACUCGUGGCCUCUGAGUCAAUAGCCCAUGACUGCCGAAGGCCGAAUGGGCUAUUAACGCAGAGCCAAGAGAGGAUUAAGGGGACAGAGAAGGCAUCCCCCAUAUGCACCCUAUUCCAUAGGUAAUUCGUCUCGAGUUAUUUUUAAGACCACAGAUCCCAAGGGAGAUGAGACAACAGCCAAUCACACAGCGCGAAUGUGUUCCGCCUGGAUGACCCACGCUCAGAGCCACACGUCCUUCACGAAUAUACGCAGAACUAAAUGGAGGAAGACGCGGAAAGCGAUAUUGCUAUUCGUUUUGUCGACGAAAACGACUACAGAGAGAUUUCUGCUAAAGCUGUGUCAGCGAAACGGAAAAUAAAAAAAGAAUCGCCCUUCCUCUCUUGUAACACCCUGAAUAUUCUCUCAGGAUUGUUUAUAAUUUACAGUUUUAAGGGAGCAAUUUCUGGUUUGAUAUUUAUUCUUUUAUUAGUCUCUUAUUAUUCAACAAAAAUAACACUUGCCGUCCUACUUGCUUUAUUGUACCAACGACUGGUUUCAAUAGACCGGCGAAAUUUCUCAUUUUAUUAAAGCACUGAGGUUACGACAACUUCGAGUUAAACUGAUUUCACGGGUUGUCAAAGAGUCUAGCGAUUCCCUUUUCCCAGAUGAGCACCGACUCAUUUCGCUUCAAUAUUCAGAAAUGCUCUCGAUCUCUUUACGCUUUCAUUGCCUUUCGCCCGACAUGUUUUGCACGGCGUUCAGUCAUGCGAAACCUCCACGAAACAUCCAAGCAUCGCGCUAGGUAACUUUAUCCCGAUUCUAAAAAUAACUCGAGACGAAUUACCUAUGGAAUAGGGUGUGUAUGGGGGAUGCCUUCUCUGUCCCCUUUAUCCUCUCUUGCUCAGAGCCCAUUCGGGCUCGAGCAAUAAUUGUGAAAUACUAGGUUUAUAUUUCACAAUAUAACACUUUAAAGCCCGAUUAGCACAUCGAUUUAUUAUAUUUUAAAAAUAAUUUUCUGUUAAUUUCAUUUAUUAAUCUUUCGGAUUUUGCCUCCCAGAAUAUUGACAACGAAGGGUUCAAGGUUUGCAUGAAAGAACUUCAUCUCAAAUCUGUUUAUGAUCCUGUCGUGAUCACGUGGGUCACAAUUCCAGGUAGAUAAGAACUUAGCUUAUGUAUCGCUUUAUUUUCGCUUAGAAAGUUUUCUCUGACUAGUUAUUUUCUUGAUGGGGUAAACAGAAAAAUAUGGCAGUUUUUCCUUGACUAUUCAUUUUUUAACACUAAAAGUUAAUUGUUUAUUUAGUCAGUCAUAUUUUCUGCCUUCAACGAAUAAUUCAGUCAGUUUGUUUUAAGCGUACCCAGACUUACGAAGGGGAUAAUAACUUUCUGGGCUACAUAUUUUUCUCUCAAGGCACACCCUAGAAAUUCCAAAACUAUUUUUUUUAGGCAAUUACCUCGCUUGCUUUCUAAACUGUUUAGAUUUUAAGUUAAUUUUAUUUUUAAGUCAGGGUAAAUUAUAAAGAUGAAAAAAAUCUUCUCUAUCCCCUUAAUAGCGAUCGUUUCUCAAUAAGCGGGUGCGAUUAAGAAAAUCAAUUCCGCCAAAGUAAAUCGAAAUUACAUUCGUGUCUUCGACUUAUUGGUAAAAUCCCUCAACUCCACUCAGUACAGUUGACCACACGUUGUGGCUAUCGCCUGAUGGCGACAAUCUUAUCAUGUGUAAACACUCUGUUUGAUUAGUUCCUACUGGUCGGAGGCUUGGUUUAAAAUGAACUCAUGAGGCUAAUAGAUGUCUUGUUGUUUCAGAAUGCAAUUCACCGUUAGGUGUUGGAAUGUCAGAUAAACGUCGAAUCACAGGGGAUCAGAUGACGGCUUCUUCUCAGAUAAGCAGCAUGUAUGAAGCCAGACUGGGCAGGCUGAACAACAGGGCGUUCCCUGGAGUUCACAUGGGGGCCUGGUGCCCUUUAAACAACACCGGUUAA